GGGGGGGAGCAGGUUGUGACUGUGUCCUUCCCUCCCUUAAAACGUCCCAGCACAGGGCUCCUGUGGCCUCGACGGUGGAUCCCGGGCAGAGGAAGGGCACUUCGCCUGCACACCCCUCCCUGGCCUCGCUGACACUGGCUUCAUUGCUGAGGCCCAGCUGGGUGUUCUCUCUAAUCUGAAUCAACGAUGAUCAUGUGAUUUUUAUUUCCGCCCCCGGGGGAAGGGUGGAGUCUUCCAGAAGGUUCUGCCUUGGACAUUCAUAAUGAGUGCAGAGGCCUUGCCCUGCCCCUCCCUCAUUGCCUCCUCAUCACUGCAGUGUCCAGCCCAGUGUUGAAGGGAUUGUAGUGUUUUGUCUCAUUACACACAAAUAAAUAGACUUUAAUUGGUUACAUCCUGUCUUUGCAGGGCUGCAGUUGGCCCUGCCCCUGUGGACCCGCCCCAUGGCUGAGGGCGGCCCAGGAACUGCUUAUCCCCUGGCACGUGCCAAGGAUGGUUUCCAGCUCAAAGGGCAAUUGUUUCUUAUGGUCAUAAUUGUAACUUACUUUGCCAAGGAAUGCAGCCCCGGAAGAGGUUCUAGAGCUGGAGACAGUAUAGUCAGUGGUCAGACAGGGGCCCUGCCCAGCACACCCCACCACAGGAGCCCUUAAGGCAGGGUGCCAGUGGGUCCCAGCCCCUGGCUGGGCCAAGCCUGGGGCCAGGUCCUUCCACCAACUUCUUGGAGCCUCUGGCCACAGUGGGGGCAGGGGGUUGUGUCUGUCACCCCAUUAGACAAAUGAGGAACACUGGUUCAGGGGCUGGAAGUUGCCCAAGAGCCACAGGGCUAUGAGUGGUGGGUCUGAGUCCUGCCCAGGUCUGGGCCUUUCCAACGCGCGGGUGCCCUGCUCGCUGAGGGCUGGGCCUGCCCCAGGUGGCUCUUUCUGCAGGACAGGGCCUGAGGCUGGUGGCCUGGACUAGGAGCUCCCAUCACCCAGGGUCACACCCACACGUACAACAACUUGAAAAGCACUCAGGGACCAAAGUCUCCAGAAUCUGCUUUAUAGGAUACAGGGGCAGGGAAGGGGCCUGACGGAGCCUUCCCCUGUGUCUGGAAGGAACCCAGCUGUCCUGGUGUCCAGAAUGUCCUUGACAUGAUCACAUGUGGUCUGACGAGCCUUGAGAGGGUGGUCAGCCCUUGUCCAAGCUGGGCUGCUAGGACAGGACGUCAACCCGAUGGUGAGGGUCACUGAAGCAACCCCAGGUUGUCCCAUCCUGUCCCCACAGGCUGAAGCCCAGUGAGCAGGGGGUCUUGGCCGGAGUGAUUCUGCCCCCCAGGGAUAUCAGACUGUCUGGAGGCAUUUGUGGUUGCCCCACUGGGCAGCUGGGAGGGAGCUGCUGGAAUCUAGUGAGUGGAGGGUGGGGACACUGCUAAACAUGCUGCAGCAUCCAGGACAGGCCCCCAAACAAAGAACGGCGUGGCCCCCGGGCUGGGAGUAAGACCUGGUACAGAGGAGCACGUGCCUGGGUACCUGGAGGUGAGCUCGGCUGGGAGAAGGGCUGUACCCAUUCUGCCUGGAGGAUCAGGGCAGCCAGGGGUCCCUAGGGAGGGUAAACUCAACCAAGGCCUCGGUGAGGGGCAGCAGGGGGUCAGGGCCAACAUUUCUGCCCAGGUUGGGAACGUGCUCUCCUCCCGACACCCUCCCUAAACGCGGCCUAACUUUCUGUCCUCUGCCCUCUCCAUCCAGAACGCCAAGCCCUGCUCUUAGGCCUGCUGAGACCCUGCCCACCCAGGAAGGCGUCCCAGAGUCCCACCCAGAGGAGGACAGCUCCCCCCUCAACUAAGGGUGGGAGAACCUCGGACUCCCCCAGGAUCAACAUGGAACUCUGCUCUCAGAACACAGGUGCCGAGGGGCCUUUUCUCUGGCUGAAUUGGCCUGAUGACAGACAGACCCAGGGACAGAAGGUGCAGGCCUUGGCUUUUAUGGAAAUUAGACCUGCGGGCUCCCUGGCUGGCCUCUCCUGGGAGCCCAACUCUCCGUUCCGCCCGGCCUCCCAGGUGCAAGUGGCUGACUUGAGUUGGAGCAGGCUGCAAAGGCACGCCCAGGCUUCUUUUCUCUCUGUCCCUCCCACAGGACCUCCUCCUCCCUCUACCCUCGAGCUUUCCCGAGGACUCUGGUGCUGGGCAGUUGCCCAGGCAUCUCAGUGUGGGGGUGCUACUGGUGGGGGCUGAGUCCUCCCUGCCGUCCGGACGUGUCUCCUCCUGGGCCGUCCUUUCUCCUCCUGUCCCGAGCUGGGAGAACCAGCCCUGGCACUCAGAUCCUUAUGGCCUCUCCAGAGCCCCAGAGCGAGUUCUCUUACACAAGGGACAUGUGGACUUCUCUGAGGCCCCCCAGGAUCUCUUAGUCCUGAGCCCCAAGCCUUCAGGGGGACUGGGCUGGGAGGGGGCACCCUUGGCUGGGUCCAUGCUGGAACUGGAAGCUGAGGAGAGGGUGGAGGGGAGAGAGGAGUCACUCAGAAGGACCUGGGGGAGGCUGCCAGCCCAUCCUGUGACCCCCCCCCCAACGCCCCGAACCUGGCAUCCUUCAAAAUCGGAGGGGAGGGGUAAGUUCUCCUUAAAGAAAACUUGGGAGGGGAGAAGGAAGAGGGAAACAUGUUUCAAACUGGAAGGACCCUUCUCUAACCCAAACCCCUCAUUUUACAAAUGGGGAAACUGAGGCCCAGCCAGUGGGGAAGAGCAGUCUGAAGCCCCUCAUAUAGAGCUGGGACGGGUACCCAGGCAGUUUGGGAGUGGAGAGGGGCCACCUGGGUCCAUCUGAGUGCCCAGCCCAACCCUGCCCUGAGUCCCCCUCCUGUCCCCAGCCCUGCAUCCCCUGGACAGGCGCUCACCUGUAUUUCCCAGGCUCUCCCUGGGCAGUUGAGCUUCCAGAAGGGCUGAGCAGUGGCUGUUACCUGGACCCAAAGCCCUCUGUGGUAAGUCCAAGGGCCAUACCAUGCCCUCAGGCUGUGGGAGGCAGCCCCCAGCCGUGAGCCGGCCCAGCCAAUGGCUCUCACACUGGCCAGCAGGCUGCAUGUGGCCCGGCAGGUAGAGAGCCAGGCCUCGGAGGUGGCGCAGCCGGAAGUUCUUAGGCUUGCUUCCCUGGGCACUGGGGCACUGCUGCUGCUGGGCCCCCAGCCCCCCCUCGUAGAUGUUGGGUGGCGUGUCGGGGUGACUGGUGUGUCCUCGGGCCCAGCUCACUGCGUCUGUGGAGGGGAGAGCAGGAGGGUGGUGGCCGCUGGCCACAGUGUCUGUGAGGGGAAAAUGUAGUCACAUGCUCAUGUGAUGGGCUCCACCCCUGGCCUGUGGAGCCUCAGCUUACCUGUCUGUCAGAUGGGCCUAAUCCCUUGCCUCCCACCUCCCUCACCCAGGAAAGCAUUGCUUCUCCCUCCCAACCAACAGGGAGGGCUGAGAAGCCUGAGUCUUGGCACCAAGAUCUCUUUCAGGACUUAAGGCUUUUUCUGCCACCCCUUUUUGCCCCCUACCCUAGAAAGAGCAUUCCGGUGCCCAGGGUCCCAUGGCCUGCACCGGUGGCCAUUCCCCUCUCCCAAGCAUGCAUGCCCCUGAGGCCACCCUGAUGGCUUUGGGCCCAGGUCUGGACAGGAGGGCAUCUCUCCUCUUGCCACUCCUCCCCGCAGCCCGGCACCUUCUCUUAUGCGCAGCUCAGAGAAUGCACAGACCAAGGCUUCCAUGGAGGGCCAGUGUGGUGGGGGAGGAGCUGCUGGGCCUCCUGUGCAGCAGCGCUCAGCUCUCCCCUGCCUAGGGGAUGGGUCUGCAGGUCUCCCUUGGCAACCAGCUCUAUGAUGUCACAGGGAAGACUACCAGGUUUCCUGGACCCCUGAGUUUGGGAGAUGAUGAUGCCCAGGGCAGGGGCAGGGUGAGAGGAGGGCAAGGGAAGGGGAACCUUAGGGGAGGUCCCUGGUCCCGCUGGCUUGGGACAGGCACACAAAACACUCAGCUCUUGCAAGCUGGGGAGUCACUCCCUGGGGUGACCUCUCAGGAUAUCAGUUUCCUCAUCCGUGGAUGAAAAAUGGAGGUUCAGGGAUGCAGACCUGAUGAGAUCUGGGUCAGUGCUUUGAGCAUGCUGAGAAGGUGGUACUGGGUGCCUAGGCAGUUCCCUUAGUUUUUCUGUCCAUUUUCCCAUAAGUAGAUGAUGGGGUAUUGUGUGGAUUACACCAAGUGUAAGAAGGAUUUGGAGGAACCAGAGCUCUCAUGUAAAUGUAAAAUUGUACCACCAAUUUGGGAAACAGUUUCUUAAAAAGUUAAACUUUCAGUUCUCUCUAUUCACAGAUGACAUGAUCUUAUAUAGAGAAAAAAAUUAAUUCACAAUAAAAAAAACUAUUUGAGCUAAUAAAAGUAUCAAAGCUAAUAAGGUUCAGCAAAGUCUCAGGAUACAAGAUCAAUGCACAAAAUUUCUAUACGUUAGCAAAGAACAAAAAGAAUAAAACAGGAAUAAAAUUAACCAUGGAGGUGCAAGACAACACUGAAAACUAGAAAACAUUGCUGGGGAAAAAAAAAAAACUUAAAUAAAUGGAAAAAGAUCCUGUUCAUGGAUUGAAGACUUAAUGUUAAGACAACAGUCUUCCCCAAAAUGAUCUGUAGAUUCAAUGCCAUUCUUAUCAAAAUCUCAAUAGCCUUGUAGGCAGAAACAGGAAAACUGAUCCUAAACUUCAUGUAGAAUCACAAGGGAGUCCAGAAACCAAAAGCAAUCUUAAAAAAAAGUUUGAAGACUCAGAUUUCCGAUUUCAAAACUUCUUACAUACAAUGCUACAGUAACCAUAACAGCGUGGAACUGGCAUAAGGCUAGACGUCUAGACCAAUGGAAUAGAAUAGAGAGCCCAGAAUAAAUUGAUACAUACAUCUCUGGACAAUUUAUUUUCAACAAGAUUGCCAAGACUGUUCCAUAAGGGAAAUAGUAAUCUCUUCAACAGAUGGUGCUGGGACAACUGGAUAUUCAGAAGAUAUGUGUGAAGAAUGAAGCUGGACCCCUACCUCAAACCACAUGCAAAAAUUAACUCAAAGAAAACUCUUUGAAGAAGUCGUCUUCGCCAUGAAUUUGGUAGUGGAUUCUUAGCUAUAACAAUAACAGCACAAGCAACAAAAGAAAAAAAUAGGUAAAUUGGACUUAAUAAAAACUGAGAACUUUUGUGCUGCAAAAGACUGUCAAGAAGUGAAAAGACAGCCUGCAGAAUGAGAAAAUAUUUGCAAAUCAUAUAUCUGAUUAUCUGUUACUUAUAAACAAAAAGACAAACAACCCAGUUUGAAAAUAGGCGAAGAACUUGAAAGAUAUUUCCUGAGAGAAGAUAUACAAGUGGUCAACAAGCACAUGAAAAGAUGUUCAACGUCUUUAGUCAUUAGGGAAAUGCAAAUUUAAACCACAGUGAGACACUGCUUAACACACAUGAGGAUGGCUAUAAUUAAAACAAACAAACAAACCAAACAAAAACCCCCACAGAAGACGACAGGUGUUCAUGAAGAUGUGCAGUGGAAAUGUAAAGUGGUGCAGCCACUAUGGGGAACAGCUUGGCAGUUCCUCAACGGAUUAAACAUAGAAUUACCAUAUGACCUAGCAAUUUCACUCCUAGACAUAUACCCAAAAGAGUUGAAAAGAGAUAUUUAAAUAAAUACUUGUACACAAAUAUUCAUAGUAGCAUUAUUCAUGGUAACCAAAAAGUGGAAACAACCCAAAUGCUCAUCAACUAAUAGAUGGGUAAACAAAUUGUGGUCUGCCAUACAAGGCAAUAUUAUUCAGCUAUAAAAAAGGAAUGAAGUACUGAUAUUGAUGAACCUCAGAAACAUAAUGCUGAGUAAUAGAAACCAGAUGCAAAAUGCCACAUAUUUUAUGAUUCGGUUUAUAUGAAAUAUUCAGGAUAAAUAAAUCCAAAGUGACAGAAAGCAGGUUAGUGAUUACUUGGGGUUGUGGGGAAGGAGAAAUGGGGAGAGACUGUUUAACUGGUGCGACCUUUUUUUGGGGGGUGAUUAAAAUAUUUUGGAACUAAAUAGAGAUGGUGGUUUUACAACAUUUCAAACGUAUAAUGUUACUGAAUUGUACACUUAAAAGGGUAAAUUUUAUGUAUAUUUUACCACAAUAAAAAUAACUGACCAGCACUACUUAAAACUAUCAAGGUCAUUAAAACAAGGAAAGCUCGAGAAACUGUCACAGUCUAGAACAGGGGUCCCCAACCCCCGGGCUGAGGACCAGCGGUCUGCAGCCUGUUAGGAGGCAGGCCACACAGCAGGAGGUGAGUGGCGGGUAAGUGAGUGAAGCUUCAUCUGCUGCUCCCCAUCACUCACAUUACCACCUGAACCAUCCCCCCGACCCCUACCCCGUCCAUGGAAAAAUUGUCCUCCACGAAACUGAUUCCUGGUGCCAAAAGGUUGGGGACCGCUGGUCUAGAGAAACCUAAGAAGACAUGACAACUAAAUGUAAUGGUGUGUCCUGAAUCAAAUCAUGGAACAGGAAAAGGACAGUAGGUUCGAAAUUAGGAAAUCUGGACUUGAGUUAAUAAUAAUGUAUCAAUGUUAGCUCGUCAGGUAGAUGCACCAUACUAAUGUGAGAUGUUAACAGUGGCAGGGGUGAGGGAGAGAUGGAAUAUACAGGAACUCUGUACUAUCCUUGAAACUCCUUUGAAAAUCUAAAACUAUUCAAAAAUCAAAAGUUUAUUUUGAUUAUAAAAAAAAGUUAAAUAUUCACUUGCCUUAUGACUUUGUGUCAUCCCUAGGCAUUUAGUCAAGAGAAAAGAAAGCAUAUACACCUGUAUAAGAUUUCUACAUGAAUAUUCAUACCAGCUUUAUUUGUACUAGCCUCGACCUGGAAAUGCCCAGUAACAGGUGACGUGUAAAUAUACUGUGGUGUAUCCAUACGAUGGAUAUACAAUUCAGCAGUAAAAAGGGAUGCAUUACUGAUACAGGCUACAACAUGGGCGAGUCUCAGAAUAAUUAUGCCAAGUAAAAGAUGCCAGACAAAAAGGAGCAUAUGUUGUAUGAUCCCAUUUAUAUAAAACUCUAGAAACACACAAGUGCCUGGGGUAGAGGGAGUGGCAGGAGGGAGACAUUACAAAGGGAUGGGACACAGGAAAACAGGAGUGGCGGAUGUGUUCUCUGUCUUGAUUGUGGGGAUGGUUUUUGCUUGUAUAUACUUGUCAAAACUUAUUAAGUUGCAUACUUUAUAUAUGUGCACUUUGUCUUAAAAAGCUAUUAAAAACUGUAAAAACUGAGGGAGGAGGCUCGGUGUUCCCUCCAUGCCCUGCCAGCUACAGUGGAUGUCAAGUGCUGUCCACCGCAAACUGCCUGUCACAACCUCCACUGUGUGUGUCAGGCAUCACAGUCUCCACUGUGACAUGGAAGAAUCUGAGUCACCCAGAAGUUGAGUAAAUUCCCAAGGUCACACAAGUGAUUGCGUUAGGGACAGUGCUGGCCGCCUGUGCACACCAGUUUGCCCCAAAUUACAGCAGAUCUGGUGGACUUCAGGCAGCCUAUUGUGCCAGCUCUGAACUGGGCAUCAAGCCAGCACAGUGCAUGGCAGGAGGGCGGGGGACAUGGUCUUUCCUCAAAGACCUUUUGCUUCACUGGAGUGAGGCAGUGUACUCUCACUCACUCAUUCAAUCAGGGAUAAGUAUAUAUGUUCUGAGGGCCUACGUAGUGCCAAAUACUAUUUUAGACUUGGGGAGGGAGUUGAGUAGGACAGAGAAGGUAUCUGUUUCCAUGGCGUUUACAUGUCCAGAUCAGAGACACAGAAGAGAAACAAGGAAGAUGUUUCAGGAUCGUACCAUGAAGAAAAUAAAACAAGAUGAUGUGACAGGGAGGGGCUGGGAAGGGUCUGCUUUGGUGUAGAUGGUCCAAGAGGCCACUUCACAAAGAUCUAAAGAAGUUGGAAAGAGCACUCCAGGCAGAGGGAACUGCUAGUGCAAAGACCAGAAGGCAGGAAGAAGAUGGGUGUGUUCAACAGAAAGCUGGGGAGGGGAGUCGGAGGGAAGGGAGCCAGGGGACCAGAGGAGGCACAGAGCAGAUGCAGCUCAGAGGACUGAGUUUUCUUUGAACAGUGAUGGGAAGACAUUGGAUAGUUUUGCUUUUUAAAACUUUUUUGUUUUUAGUCAUGUUGCUGAGAUACGACUUGAUUUGAUUUGAUUUGAUUUGAUUGCCACGUGGCUUGCAGGAUCUUAUUUCCCAUCUAGGGAUGGAACCCGGGCCAUGGCAGUGAAAGUGCUGAGUCCUAACCACUGGACCACCAGGGAAUUCCCAAGAGAGAGAAUUUUAGAUGUGGUAAAAUUCACCCUUUUUAGUGCACAGAUCUAUGAGUUUUGACAAACAACUACUGCCAUGUAAUUACCACCACAAUCAAGAUGUAGAACAGUUUCAUCACCCCCCAAAUUAUUUUGCACCCGACUCCUCCUGGCCACCACUGAUUUGUUUUCUGUCUCUGUAUUUUCAUCUUAUGCAGAUUGUCAUAUAAAUGGAAUCAUAGAGUACAAAGCCUUUUGGUCUGGCUUCUUCCACUUAGUGUCAGGCAUCGUUGUCCUUGUGUAUUUCAGCAGUUUGCUGCUUUUUUAAAAUUGCUGAAUGGUAAUCCAUUGUGUGAAUAUACCACAAUGUGUUUAUCCACUCAUAAGUUGAGGGGCACUUGAGUGGUUCCCAGUUUGGGGCAGUUAUAAUAAAGCUGCUCUCAACAUUUGUGUAUAGGUUUUUGUGUGAACAUAAGUUUUUAUUUCUCUUGGGCAAGUACCUGGGGGAGGGAUUGCUGAGCUGUGUGUUAAGUGUAUGUUUAACUUUAUUAAGGAACUACCAACCGUUUUUCCAAAGUGGAUGUACAGUUUCAUAUUCUCACCAAUGGUGUGUAAGGCUCCACAUCCUUUCAAGCCCUUGGCACUGUCAGGGUUUCUGUGGUUGUUUGUUGUUUUAGCUAUUCUAAUCAUUGCCUAGUGAUAUCUUGUGGUUUAAUAUGCAUUUCUCUAAUGACUAAUAAUCUUGAGCACCUCUUCCUUUGCUUAUUAUUUGUAAUGAAAUAAAAUUCAUAUUUUAAGGCAAGACGACAGAAUUUAAACAUAACUUUUCUGCCCAUUUGGGCCUCCUCCCUUCCCUGUAGUAUGCAUUGUGUAUCUGCAUUCUGCAUUAACCAGACCUCCCAACAGCAGAAAUACCUGCUCAACCAUAAAGAUCAAUUUUCCUUCUUCUGAUGCCAGUUAUGUAACUCCUUAAAAGAUAACAUUCCUUUCUCAAUCCUGUAAGGGGUCACGAUGCAGAUAUCUUUGGUGAACUUUGUGUGCAAUGCCAAUAUAACAUUUCCUUUAAAGACAGCGAUUGGUGCAGAACGGACUGGGUCAGAUGAUCUAGGGAAGAUUCUGGGCCACGCCUAAUGGAAGUUCUUAGUUUAAAUAUUUGCUUAGGACCUUAUUAAUGUUACUUGUAGUCUAUUUUGCAAGAUUAUUGUUUCUUGUAUUACAGAAUGUGUGACUGAGCCUCUGAUAAAAAUAAUGAUGACUAGGCUACCUGAAAUGAUUAAUCAAAUGUACAAUUCUAUAACAUCGAAAAAAAAUUUUGUUUUCUUUUUUUGGCCAUGCUGCUUGGUGGCUUGCAGGACCUUAAUUCCCUGACCAGGGACUGAACCUGGGCCCUUGGCAGUGAAGCAUGGAGUCUUAACCUCUGGACUAUCAGGAUUAAUGACUUUAAUAGUGUAACUCUAGAUAUGGGAGACAAGCAACAAGAGAGAACCAUUUCCUGGACCAUGACAGACUAGAAAGACAGGCAAGGUGGUCCAGAGGCUUUUGGCUACUGUUAAACAGUCCAGUAAUAGCACAUUGAGUGGCCUAUCAAAGAAAGCCUUGCUUGACCUGGGUAUGAGCAUUCCUGGCACCAUGGGACAAACUGGUCAUGAAAUGCCUCCCAAACCUUGGUCGAAAUUAAGACCGAAAGGGAGGAGAUUGCAAAACAAGGAUUGUUGCCCCCCCAUCCAGUUCUACAAGAAUUGAGUCAUUAGCCACUAUAGUCACUGACCUACAACACACACCCUGAAAGAAAUUCAGGGCCAAGAUCAGGAUGAGGCAUUUCGUGCUCUGGGAAAACUGGCAGAACUAGCCCUCAGAUAGUUAGAUAUUUCCAGGAAAAAAUUUUAUGAACUCAGUUUCUUGCAUCUUCCCAUGCUUAGAAAAGGAACAACAUUAACUAAGAUAUCUGUUCCUCAUGAAUAGCAGUAACCUUCUACCAAGAUGUAUGCUUGACUGUACCUACCCCUUAGUCAAAAUCACCACAUACUAGCCUUCCCCACUUUCCUCUUUGGAACUUUUUUGGUUGGGCUGUGCAGUAUGCAGGAUCUUAGUUCCUGCGCUAGGGAUGGAACCCACACCCUGUGCAGUGGAAGCUUGGAGGCUUAACCACUGGCCCACCAGGGAAGCUCCUCUGUCUACUUUUUUAAUUGGCUGGUUUUCUUCACUGAGUUUCGAGAGUUUGUUACGUAUUUUGGAUAGAAGGCUUUUUAUCAGAUGUGUUUUGUGAAUAUAUUUUUCUAGACUGGAUUAUCCUCAAUUUUUUAGAAAGUGUCUUGAGCAGUUUUAAAUUUGGUGAAGUCCAAUUUAUCAAAAUACAUUUUUUUAAGGGUGAUACUUUUGGUGUAUCUAAGAACUCUUGUUUCACCCAGUCACAAAGCUUUCCCCUCAAGUUUUCUUCUGGAAAAGUUAUAUUGCGUUGGCCAAAAAGUUCGUCCUGGUUUUUUUCCCCGUAAGAUAUUAAGGAACUUUUUGGCCAACCCAAUAGUUUUUAAGUUUUACUCUUAGGUAAAGGUGGAGGUUCAUUUAUUUGCAUUUCCAAUUGUUCCAAAACCAUUUGUUGAAAGAUUAUUCUUUCUUCACUAAAGGUGUUUAUCACCUUUGUCCUAAUGACCAUAUAUGUGUAAAUCGAUUUCGGAACUCUGUGCGAUCCGUGCAUUUAUGUGUCUUCCUUCGCCAAAACCAAGGCAGGGGCAGAGGGCGUCCCACGGGUUGGUAGUCCCUCUUCUUCACCCAUCCUUCUGGGCUCAGCUCACUUCAUUUCCCCAGCCCUGCCUGGCGGCUGUCCCCAACCUUGGCAGCCCUGUAGAGAAGACUACCAAGUGAGGACACAGCUGAUCCGGCCACAGUUGGGCGCAAUCCUCCCUCUCCCUCCACCAGGCGCACCAACAAGCUCCAGCCUCCGGAAUUCACGGUUGCCAGGACAACCGCCGGCGUGCGAAGACCCAGGCCGCCUUCCGGCCUGUCGUGAAGACCAAGCCGGCUGCGCAUGUGCAGAUCGCUGCCUUGCCUGCUCUCACUGCAGCGGUCAGCCACUGCUUGGGUCUCGGAGUCUGUACCCUCAAGCGCUUCACGCUGCAGGCGCUUCUUGCGGGUUUCUGACGCGACCACGGCCAGCCAUUUUACACAUGCCUGAGAGAAGCGUGCUGGGCACAGGACCCGGGCAGGAGACCCGGUUUCGUGACAUUAUGUACAUUCUUUCCAGAGGAGUUUAGGAGGAAAUGAGAAGUAUUAGGUAGAGUGCCUCGCAUAGUGUCAGGCACUUAGGUGCUCAGAACGUGUCAGCCUGUGCCAGAUGUCUGCAAAGAGUGUGAAGGGGACCUCGCCGCCAGGCGGGGGCCGGAACCGGACCUCACGCUCGCUCCCUCAGCGUCGCAGGACGCCCCCUGUCGGCCGCCCGUUCUCCGGCGCGCAUGGAGCAUGCGCACGCGGCCCCGCCAUUUCGCCUCCAGUCUAGUUUGGCCCCGGCCGCGCGCCGUUGAGGGCUCCGUGUGUUGCCAUAGAAACCCAUGAGCGCUGAUGGGCAAGCGGCAGAGACUGGGAUCCUGGGGAGCAGAGCGCGAUGUCUUUCCGCGACCUCCGCAAUUUUACAGAGAUGAUGCGAGCCUUGGGAUACCCUCGACAUAUUUCUAUGGAAAAUUUCCGCACACCAAAUUUUGGACUUGUGUCUGAAGUGCUUCUCUGGCUUGUGAAAAGGUACGAACCUCAGACUGACAUCCCUUCUGAUGUUGAGACUGAACAAGACCGAGUUUUCUUCAUUAAGGCAAUUGCCCAGUUCAUGGCCACCAAGGCCCAUAUAAAACUCAAUACUAAGAAGCUUUAUCAAGCAGAUGGGUAUGCAGUGAAAGAACUAUUAAAGAUCACCUCUGUCCUUUACAAUGCUAUGAAGACCAAAGGGAUGGAGGGCUCUAAAAUAGGAGAGGAAGAUAUCAGCAAAUUCAAGUUUGAUCUUAGCUUGAAGAUUGCAGAUUUGAAAGCAGCCAGGCAGCUUGCUUCUGAAAUCACUUCCAAGGGAGCAUCUCUGUAUGACUUGCUGGGCAAGGAGGUGGAGUUGAGGGAACUGAGAACAGAAGCAGUUGCCAGACCUCUGGAAAUAAAUGAGACUGAAAAAGUGAUGAGAAUUGCAAUAAAAGAUAUUUUGGCGCAGGUUCAGAAGAUGAAAGACCUGCUCAAUAACGUGGCCUCUGAUGAAGCUAACUUAGAAGCCAAAAUUGAAAAGAGGAAAUUAGAGCUGGAAAGAAAUCGGAAGCGACUCCAGACUCUGCAGAGUGUCAGGCCAGCCUUUAUGGAUGAAUAUGAGAAGACUGAGGAAGAAUUGCAGAAGCAGUAUGAUGUUUAUCUAGAGAAAUUUCGAAAUCUGGCUUAUCUGGAACAGCAACUCGAGGAUCAUCACAGGAUGGAGCAAGAGAGGUUUGAGGAAGCUGAAAACACUCUCCGUCUGAUGCAGAACAAGCUAAAGGAGGAAGAAAAGCGACUGCUCAAGAGUGGAAGUCGGUUAGGAGUGCCUGAAGCAGCCCUGAAUGAGAAGCCUGCAUGGAGUUUAUUCCCUUCCAAGAGGCCCGGCACAGGUAACGAUGACUCCGACAUUGACAUCCAGGAGGAUGACGAGUCAGACAGUGAACUGGAAGAGCGACGGCUGUCCAAGCCGCGGACAGCCAUGGAGGUGCUCAUGCAAGGACGACCCAGCAAGCGCGUCGUGGGCACAAUGCAAGGUGGAGACUCAGACGCCGACAUGGAAGCAGCACCAGCUCUCUUAGGUAAAUGCAAGACUUCCAGCUCCAAGAAGCAGGAGGACUCAGAGGACAGCGAGAUUGGCGUGGAGGACGACGACGACGACGACGACGAUUUGGAAGAUGAGAGCGUGGCUCUCUCACCAGCGAAGCCCAGUCGAAGAGUCCGGGAACCUGAGCCCCUGGAUGAGAGUGACAAUGACUUCUGACCGUCUUGCCGAGGGACCCAGGCAGAUUAAAAUCCUCAGAUUUGUAGGUAAAGGAGACAUUAACAGGUCAGAAGGAAACAGGCAUUUUGUUGGAUAAGCCAGCUGGACUCAUUGUUAAUGAAGCAAAACCUGCUUCUGCUUUAGCCUCCUGUGUGUCACUCCACACACUCCAGAGCUUAACCGAGAACUGGAGCAAACCCCAAAGGAGAUUUUUUGGCCUUAUCUAGCUCCUAAAACUUGGGAAAUGCAUGUCUUCUUAGUGAUUCACAUCCAUAGGACAGAAACUUGAGAAAGAACAGCCGAUGCUGUUUAAGCCUUGGCUGUUAUUUUUGUCACUGUUUUCCUCUAAAAGUCGGCAGGGCCUUCAAGUCCAGACCUGGGGCUGGAACUGGGCACAGGGCUCAUUUCAGGAGUUGUGUGGGAGUGUCUGAACUAUUCAUCAUAUACAGAUCAGAAUGUUUAUUUUAUAUUGGUUUUUGAUUCUAGCCUUUAUUUCACGCUGUAGUCUUAUUUUCUUUCUUCUGCAUGCUCACGAUACCGAACUUUAAAUGUAUUUUACUAACUAGAAUUUUCUGAAAGAAAGUUAGCUAACUCAGAUGAAAACCAGCUUUCCUUGAGAGUCAGGCAACAGAGAGAUGCUCCCAGUUGUACAUACGUUCAAGGCCAGCGUUCCUCCUCAGGAAGGAGCCAUUUGAUAGAAAAAUGCUGGUAUGGAUUUGUGUUUCUGACUUAAAAAAAUGAACCAGAGUUGAAUUUGUUAGAUUAGCACUAGAAGAAUUUCCCUUUUGUGAAGAGAAGUGACAGAUAGGUGGAGUUUGUUUUUUGUCUUGUUUUUUUAACAUGGAAGACACAGAGGAGUUUUCAUUUCAGAAGACUUGUGAAGUUCUGUAUCUCUUAAUAAAUGUAUUUAAUACCAUAUUUUUAUGUUAUUAAGUUUUAUUUGACCGUAUAAUUAUUUUAUUUAUUUGUACCUAUAACAUAAAUACUUAUUCAAGAGAAGUUCAUGGGUUAUUAUAGUACAUGUAAAUUUUAGGAGACUGUUAC